CUGGGGUCGGUUUUGGUUGUCCAACAUUUUAACUCCCGGAAACGCCGGUAAAGGUCUUCAAACAUGUAAACAAGAGUGGAAGUCACAUCCGUUCCGGUUACAUUGAGGGAAAUAUUUGUAUUUUUUAUUGUCUACUUUCGCAACCGAAUUUAUAUUGAACAAAAAACGGUAAGAGCUCGUGAAGUGACACCCGGGACUCCACGUGGUCGUGUUAGCGUCUUUAGCUACAUGAGCUAGCAUGGCUACAAAGAGCUAACGUUACAGUCAACGUUAGCAUAGCACCGCCGGUUAGCCUGAUGUUAACCCACGUGUCAGUAUAUUUUUAUUUUCUAAAUAUACACCUCAUAAUUACAAGUAAAAAAAAAAAAAAAAGACAUAAACACGGUUUUAUUCUGAACUUUAGAGUUGUAGUAACUUGAAUGAGCCAUUAGCCGCCGCUGGGUGGGUGUAGUGCAGAGAGCCGCCGCUGGGUGGGGCUGUUCCGCUGCUGGUUUGAAGUUGUACUUUGGAUCAUACCAUGGGAAAUGAAGAUGAUGAUGUUGAACAAGGCAGCAAACACAACAUCUUCUUUAUUGAGGACCUAAAUAGUUCAGAAGGAGAAGAAGAGAUCAAGUUUAGUCAAAGGAAACGUCCCAGCAGCUGUAAACAGGCUGCACGGCUCAGCAGGGAAAGCUCUCCUCCGCUCCUCCUGGCAUUCAACAUCACCUCUGGACGGUCGCUGCAGCUCAGCAGCCCGAAGCCUACUUCCAGUUCAGACUCACAGGAGGAGGAGGAGGAGAAGGAGGACAGGGACCGGCCCGUCGAGGAGUGGAUGCUCCUUGGAGGAGAGGAGCAGGUGGGAGAUUCAAGCAUCCAGCUCAACCUGAGCUACUGGGACAUCUCUGGAGAUGAAGAUCAGACUGUGGAAUCAGUGAAGGAUACCUGGACUGUAUCAGAGAGAGACAAGCGUGGUGGUGAUCAGUCUCGGCCCAGCCGCUAUUUUAUGACUGGUCGUUCUCUGAUCUGUAACAUCUGCAAAAAGACGGGACACCUUGCGAAAAGCUGCUACUACUAUAAGAAAUGUCCCACCUGUGUUCUUUGUGGGAUUCAGGGCCACAUCCAGAGAGACUGUCCGGGCCGCCCCUGCCCCAGCUGUGGACUGCCGUCACACGGCCUCAGGCCCUGUAAAAGGCCCUGCGUGUGGAACCAACACUGUCAGCGCUGCGGGAUGUCAGGGCACCUCUCCGAUGCCUGCCCUGAUACAUGGAGACAAUACCACUUGACGAUCCGGUUAGAGAUUCCAGUCAAGCCAUGGACAGUCCACAUCCUCAAAAAAAAGAAAUGCCCCGCCCAUUGUUACAACUGCUCUAAGAGGGGACAUCAUGGCUUUGACUGCACUAAAAGGAGGAUGAUCAGUGGGACAUUUCCCUCACUGCCAUACGUUUGCCACUAUGACACCAUCGAGGACAUCCUCCAAUGUCGCACCAGGAAGCAUAAAAGAGGCAAAGAGCAUAUGAGUGCUGGACCAGUGCCUCUGUCAGACCAGCAGCACUUGUCUGAAGCAACAGGAGAGAGUGGGGAGGAGAAUCAGCCAGUCCAGGGGAAGAGGACAAAGCAGGACACAUGCGGCAGGGCGGACAAGAGGAAGAAGUGGCCAGAGAGGCGCAAAGAGAGACGGGAGGUGAAGAAGCUUAGGAGAGAUGCUCAAGCCAGACGAGGAGGAGGACUACCGGAAAGAACCCGGAAGAACUUUAAUGAUGAAGUUUGCCCUGCAGACCUCCGCUGUCACAAGAAGCACACACCCCCUCCACAGAAGAGGAAGAAUGAGGCAGGUGGUAAAAGCAAGAAGAGCAGAGAGACUGAGAGGUGGAAGAAGAGAGGAGGGAUGAAACGUGGGGAUUUACGUCCCAAUGGUGACGUAAACACCCGUAGUAAAAGCCUUCCUUCUCCAAAACAAAAAGUAUGCCACAGAAAAAGAUAUUUUAAUUGAUAUUUGGUUGAUUUUUUUCCCCAAGGAGUUUCAAAUGUAACUGGUUGAUUAAAUAUUUUGUAUUAUUUUUUGAUUGAUUCAUUUAUUUAUUGUAAAAUUAAAAAACUGUAGAAUAUCAUAUACAGUUGAAGAUGCUCAUCUUCAGUGUACCUGGUAUCAGUUUGUUUUUGUACUUUAACCUUGUUUUCUGCAAGUACAGUUUUCAACAUACAGUAUUUUGGAAUAUGUUUUUACAUACAAUGUUUUGUUUGGCUCAUGUGUUGUGUUAAAGGGGUAGUUUAUUAUCCCCCGCAAAAAUAAUGGCAUUUUUUAGUCAUUAAAAUAAUUAAACUGUGAUUUGCCUUUGUAUGUUAACAAUAAACAUGGA